AAUGCAGAUGAUGCUAAGGCUACUCGCUUUGACAUAACAGUGGAUGAAAGACGAAUAUUUCAGCACAAUGGCCGAAAAUACUUAUCAGAAGAGAUGGUAGAUUGGCAAGGUCCUGCGAUAUGGAUAUAUAAUGAUGCAGAAUUUUCUCCUAAAGACUUUCAGGCUUUGAUAAAACUUGGAACUGGAGGAAAAUCUCAUGAUGAGACUAAGAUCGGAAGAUUCGGAAUAGGAUUUAAUUGCGCUUUUCAUCUUACGGAUUUACCUAGCUUUGUGAGUGGAAAAUAUAUUGUAUUUUUAGAUCCA